AUGGCCGCCCUUUUGAGCUACAUCGACUUCUCACAGCCGAGCUUCUGGAUCGCUGCCGGCAGCAUCGUCUUUAACCCGACAUUUUGGAACAUCACCGCUCGUAACGAAUAUCGCAACAAGACCCUCACGAAGCUUGCCGGCGGCAGUCCUUACUAUGGCUGCUACAUCUUGGCAGUGACCAUCUUCUCGAUCGGAAUCAUCCGAGACGCCCUCUACGAACGUGCCCUUCGCGACCAACCCACCCACCCCAGCCUUCUCGGAUUCUAUCCAAAGGGACUGGCCGUCGGCCUCGUCGCCAGCGGCAAUGUUCUCGUCCUCAGCAGCAUGUGGGCGCUCGGCGUCACGGGCACCUAUCUCGGCGAUUACUUUGGCAUCUUGAUGGACGAGAUGGUCACAGGCUUCCCAUUCGAUGUCACAGGCUCGCCAAUGUACUACGGAAGUGCGGCUAGCUUCUUGGGCACUGCACUCUGGUUUGGAAAGCCAGCUGGCCUUGUGCUCACCGGACUUGUACUGGUGGUYUACCAGAUAGCCCUGAGCUUCGAGGAUCCAUUCACCGCGGAGAUUUACGCAAAGAGAGAGCGCGAACGGAAGAAGGCGGGCAAGAAGUCUACUUGA